AUGGCUGACAUGGUAAAGCCGGAGCCCGAUGACCGGACCGCUGCUUCCCCCUCAGUCAAAUUGGAGGGCGAUCCGGGCCCUGCAGGACCUUUCCUGAGCAAUCUGGCCAUCCAUUUCCCCGACAUUGAGCACACUUCGUCUUUCGCUUGGGAGAGGGAAAGUGAAAUGAAGAUAUCGGAACGCGUUGCCACCAAGCAGAAAGCGCUUGAUGAUGCUUUCCAUUGUGCAGAAGGAAUUGUUAACCUGAUCACCACUACCUGCGACGGAGAAGGCCCGGAUGUCGGUCAUGUUCAGAAGGAUUCGGAGAUCCAAGCAUGGAAGGAAGAAAUAUAUCGACUCAAAGAGCAGCACAUGUCGUUGGAAAUACUGGUUGGUGUAGCCGGUGCCACGGGUGCCGGGAAAAGCACCAUUCUCAACAUGCUGCUUGGAAGGCCCCAUCUUUUACCAUCGAGCAACUCGGAGGCAUCGACUGCAUCGGCAUGCCAGGUUAAAUAUAACCAUGACGACAGUCCCAACCACCUGUUCAGGGCCGAGAUUGACUGCCAUACAUACCAGGAGGUGUUGUGUGAGCUCAAAAAGCUCUAUGAAGCCUUCGGGCAGACUUUUGAUGAGGAAACCCUUUCAAGUCAGAUGGAAAGAAUGGAACAGCAGGUCAACAACGAGGUCUUUAUCCGCGAGGAAAUGAAAAAGAUAAAGGCCGUGUGGCACCUAGAACGCGAACAAGUUGAGAAUAUGACACCAGAGACGUUACUCGACUCCAAUGCACAUAUCCGAGAACUUCUCGGUAGUACGCAGUCUAUCAGCUCUGCUGAUAUUAAGGAAUUUGCCGAACUUGUCAAGCCAUACGUGGAUUCCUCGCCCACUCCACAAGGGUUCGAGGUGUGGCCGUUGGUUAAGCAAGCCAAGCUUUAUGUCAAAUCACCCGUACUCAAAGAAGGGAUAACACUGGUUGAUCUCCCCGGACUUUCGGACGCAGUGGAAACUCGUGCCAGGGUGGCUCAGCGGUUUUUCGAUCGACUGGAUACAACUAUCAUUGUGACUCGUUCUAGUCGAGCAAUCGAUGAGAAGACAGGAGUUGACCUGAUGAAUGAGUAUCAGGCUCUCCAGAUGCAAGCGAACGGUACCUUUCGGAAGAAACAAUUCUGUGUAGUUGCUUCACAAAUGGACGAUAUUGACGUGGAGGGUUUCAGGCUUGGGUCUCAGGUGGCAAAGGCCAACGUCAACUUACAAAGCGAUAUUGAGGAGAUUGACCGUAUAACGUUGGAGAAAGGGGAUACAGAGAAACAACUUAGGACCCAGAAAAAGAACGCCGAAGUAUGCCAAACAAGGUUGGAGAAAGCCACUCGUCUGCUUAGAACAUUGGAGGCCAAGAAGAACAUCGGUAAAACCCCCAAAGCAGAAAAGUUACACCUUGAAAAGCUGGAGAAGGCACGAAAAAAGGUGUCAUCACUCCAAGCACAGCUGGCCAACCAUCAAACAAUCGUCGAUCAACAUCACAGGAAGUUACAUCAGCUGGAUGAGUCUUUAGAAGCCUGUGAAGGUCGUGCAAAGUGGACAUGCAUUCGCAUGCGCCAUGAAUACAUCGCCGAGAAGAUCAAGAAGAACAUGAAGAGCAAACUUUAUUCCUCCCAGGAUCAAGGUCAAGAUACCAAUGCCGAGAACGAUGGAAUUGUCGAGGUCUUUUCGGUGUCGGCCAAAGCAUAUCGCAGCCAUCUUGGAGGCCGGCCUCCAGAGAACUUCCCAGGAACAUCGUACACUGGUAUCCCACAGCUUUUGGCAUGGCUCAGAGUGUCAGCUCUGGAGAAGCGGGAGGCUCAUCUCGAUGUGCUCCUGAAGGCCCUGCAGAGGCUCUUGAAUGGCAUACAACAAUGGUCGAACGUCAUAUCUUGGAGCCAGACAGUCUCGUUCUCGAGACGGACCGUUGAAGGGAUUCUUUCCAAUGUACAUGAGAAUCACAAAAAGAACCUCGACACCGAGCUUCGUCGUUGGGCCGACAUUAUUGUUGCAAUUGACCCGUUUGAAAGCAUCAAGCAGGAGCUUAUGGUGUCGAAUGAAGCUGUCGGUACGGUCGUGCUCAAGUGGGCGUUCAAGUAUCCAGAAGAUGCCAGAAAAUUGGAGUACAUGGCACAUAGCACGUACAACGCUAUUCUUCGUCGAAACGGUGGGCCGUUCCUGAGCCGUGGUGGUGAGCGUCGGUCGUAUAAUUUUCCUGAAUCAUUGGCCGUUCCAUUUCUAAGAGUCAUGUCGGGCAACUGGCAGACCGUACUGCACAAGUAUAUUCCCUCGCAUGAACCUCUAAUCAUGAAGCCUAUUACGGAAAUGUGGCACCGAUACGUCAACGAACUGGUUAAUCAAAUUAGAACGGCGGCGCCAGCGAUCUUGCCUCAGCUGCAAGAAUGCCUCCCAGUGUUGAGACGCAUCCUUGAUGAGAUACAGCUCAGGGUGCGAGAGAUUUUGAAUGGACUCUCCAGGAGUUCAUCUGACAUUCAGCCCGAGUUCCGGGACGCAUUACAGACGCGUCUCGUGCCCCUUUUUGCGCAAGCACUUGAGAUCACAGGCACCGGAAGCUACAAAAAGCGUCGCGAAUACCUCCAACAGCAUGUAGUCGAACGGGUUCAGCCAAUGUUUGACUACGCCUACAAGAGAAUGGAAGAGGCAUAUGGCAUCUACCGGAAAAACGUACUGUACGAUUUCGUGUACGUUUCAACGUUCGCCUUUGACAAAGCCAAACAGCACUUUGAUCUUUUGUUGGCGAACUUGAAGAAGACAAAGAAGAGCAACACGAGGAAUGAUUCCCCUCGCCAUAAGGAGGAAGUGGACGAUUCUAUUGCCUUGAAGCAUAAUGUGGCUCGCUUGGCCCAGGAGUGGGAGAAUAUGUGGCGGUUUCCAGGACAAGUCGAGCAUAUCUCUGACUCUCUCGAGUUACCACUGAGGUUUGUGAAGCGCUCCCAUGACCUCGAAGAUAUGGAGGAAGAUAGUGAUGAGGAAGAUGAGGAUGAAGAUUCUGAUGACGGGGAUAUUGAUAUGGAUGAGGAUGAGGAGGAAGAUGAAGAGUGA